AUGACUACCAACACUGUUCUCAUGUUCUUCAUUCUCUCUCUCACAAGCAGCAGGGCAGAGAAUGCAGAGGAGCGGCUGGUGAACUACCUGUUGGGUCCUGAGCGCUACAACAAACUGAUCAGACCGGCUGUCAAUAAGACCCAACAGGUCACCAUCUCCAUCCAGGUGUCUCUGUCUCAGCUCAUCAGCGUGAAUGAGAGAGAGCAGAUAAUGACGACCAACCUGUGGCUGUUUCAGGAGUGGAACGACUACAGGCUGAGGUGGGACCCAGACAAAUAUGGAGGCAUCAAAAAACUACGAAUACCAUCCAAGCACAUCUGGCUCCCUGACAUAGUGCUGUACAACAAUGCUGACGGUGUGUACGAGGUUUCCUUCUAUUGCAACGCCGUGGUAUCCAACACGGGGGACAUCUUCUGGCUUCCCCCUGCCAUCUACAAGUCGGCCUGCGCCAUCGAGGUGCAGAACUUCCCCUUCGACCAGCAGAACUGCACCCUCAAAUUCCGCUCCUGGACCUACGACCACACAGAGGUGGACCUCAUCCUCACCAGUGACUUCGCCAGCCGAGACGACUUCACGCCGAGCGGGGAGUGGGACAUUGUCUCGCUGCCGGCGCGUAAAAACGAGGACCCCAACGACAUCACCUACCUGGACAUCACCUAUGACUUCGUCAUCAAGAGGAAGCCUCUGUUUUACACCAUCAACCUGAUCAUCCCCUGCGUGCUGAUCACGUCUCUGGCCAUCCUGGUGUUCUACCUGCCAUCGGACUGCGGGGAGAAGAUGACGCUGUGCAUCUCUGUGCUGCUGGCGCUCACUGUGUUCCUGCUGCUGAUAUCAAAGAUAGUGCCGCCCACCUCUCUAGCGGUGCCACUCAUAGGUAAAUACUUGAUGUUCACCAUGGUGCUGGUGACAUUCUCCAUCGUCACCACGGUCUGCGUCCUCAACGUGCACCAUCGAUCCCCGUCCACCCACUACAUGCCCGACUGGGUCAAACGCCUCUUCCUGGUCCGCCUGCCCACCUUCCUCCUUAUGAGGCGUCCGGGUUCUUCCAACGUUCGCGACAAACUGCGCCGAAAGUACGCCAGCCAGAGCACCUUCUGUAAAAACAAUUCCCAGGGCAGCACAGACAAGAGGAACUACUCCAACAUCAGGCUCGGUGGGAUCCGAACGGAUGCCGACUCCUUUUACGUGAACGAGGACUUGGCGCACAAGUUUUGCUGGAAAAUGGGCGACAUCCCAGAUGCGGGUGGUGGGUUCUCGGACUUCCGGAGGCCUUUAGCCGUUCAGGGGGAUGCGGAUCUGGAGGAGGCGGUGGAGGGGGUGAAAUACAUCGCUGAACACAUGAAGACGGAAGACGACGAUGAAGGGAUCAUAGAAGACUGGAAGUACGUAGCCAUGGUGAUAGACCGUCUGUUCCUGUGGAUCUUCAUCUUGGUGUGUGUGGUGGGAACUCUGGGACUCUUCAUGCAGCCACUGUUCCAAAGCUACAACACACCCACUGCUGAUGACACAGAGUAUGGCGAUUUCUAGGAUUUCUGUGACACAAGAAAGGAAACAGUCAAACAAGCGUCUCUUACAUUGUUUCUGGUGUUUGAAUCUGAUACAUAACCAGCAUAAUCAAUACAGCCGGCUGCAGUUCUGUUGACAACGGUGGACUUCAAAUGAAGACAGAAUCAUAACAGUUUCCUCGUGCAUGGCUUCUGUUUGUUUUUUGCCAGGCCUGGUCUCCACCCUAAUCAAUGGCAAGACAAUCUUGAUGUACUUUUAAAUGCUCUAAAUUUGAGUAACUUUCUAUCAAGAUGAUGAAGACAGUGUCUGUGUGCAGUUCUGGAAACAAUAUACAUUUUCAAAAUUACAAAACUGAUGAAAACUA